UUUAAAUCCAAGAAGAAUGAUACUGUAAGAUACAAUUUUCCUUAUAUUUUGUUGUUUCUAGAAAUAGGUUUUCCUUGCUUACAAUUUCCGUGCUUAUUUCUCUCUCAGAAAUAUGUACUUUGUACCCAUCGUACUGCUUGCAUCCUGCGCAACUUUAGCGCUAGGCUAUGCUGCAGACGUUCUAGACGCUGUAACAGUCCGAAACUGCGGAAAGUCACUGUUUCCAUCACCCGCUCUUGACCGUAUUGUUGGCGGAAAGAAGGUACGUCCUGGACAAUAUCCCUGGAUGGUUUCAUUGCAAGAGAGAGAUAGAUUUGGUUUCGAACACGCUUGUGGAGCUGCCAUUUUGAAUGAGAACUGGGUUGUAACGGCAGCCCAUUGUAUUGAUUAUCCUAGAUCUCCAAAAAUGUAUCGGAUCUUAGUUGGACUUCAUAAGUUAUCCGAAGAGGAUGCUCCAACUGUACAACGUAUUACGGUAUCCAAAAUUGUCAUUCAUGAGGGCUACGAUAUUGGAGAUGAUGACGCUUACGACGAUGAUAUUGCGCUUCUUCAAACUGCGAAGCCUAUAGACAUCAAAGGCUCCAAAGGUUAUGUGAAUGGUAUUUGCUUACCAAAAAAUAAAGCUGAUCCUACAGGAUAUGCAACGGUCAUAGGAUGGGGGCAUACCAGAACAGAUGGAGAAAACUCAGACAUAUUGCUUCAAGUUACAGUACCUAUAAUUCCACGAGACUUGUGCAAUGAGUCUUAUGAUGACGAUCUGGAAGAUGGCAUUGACGAAAUCACAGAGUAUAUGAUCUGUGCCGGGUCUAAGGGGAAAGACUCCUGUCAGAAUGACUCAGGAGGCCCUCUUUUCCAGACUGACAGCAGAGGCGUUGCAACUCUAAUAGGCGUUGUGUCGCAUGGUGCUGGAUGCGGAUUAAAGUUCUAUCCUGGUGUUUAUACAAAAGUAGCUAUGUAUAAAUCCUGGAUGGCUAAAUUUUCCUGUGUCGUAGUGAUAAAGGUAAUCUUUACGAGCGUGCUCGGCUUGCAGAAAAACAUCGCAAUUAUUAUGCACAACAAGAUGUGGAAAGUUGUGGUUUUAUUUUUCUCAACUCUCAAGCUUUCGUCGAGUGAAUGUAGCCAAAAUGAAUAUAAUGUUCUUUUCGAUAAAAUUGUUGGCGGAAGAAGUGCAGCAGAUGGAGAAUUUCCUUUUCAAGCAUCGCUGCAAAAGUUUUCGGCAUUAGGAUAUUACCACACAUGUGGAGCCGUUCUCGUCUCUCCAGAUUGGCUGUUAACAGCAGCUCAUUGCAUACAUGGCAACUCUGCCAACCUGUACAGAAUAAUACUGGGUAGCAAUUAUUUACAAAAUCCUCCUCCAGCUGAAAAUAUCUAUUCUGUGAAAAUGAUUGUAAUAAAACAAGGCUUCGAUCCGGAAAACUACAAUAAUGAUAUUGCUUUAAUACAGAUAACUCCAUCAGCACGACAGUUUGUUGAUUGUGUUUGCUUAUCAGACUCGCCUCCAGACAAUAACAUCACGGGAAUAAUUGUCGGUUGGGGAGCUACAAAUGAUGGUGGGCGAGCAUCAAACAUCUUACAAGCUGCUGAAGUACAAAUUAUACCUCGAUAUGAAUGCCUUCAAUAUUAUUCAUUCUUAACGAAAUCAAUGAUAUGUGCUGGCUAUGUAGACGGAGGAAUAGAUGCCUGCCAGGGUGAUUCUGGUGGUCCUUUGGUUCAAUACCGAAAUGGAAGUGCCUAUUUGGUUGGAAUUGUAUCAUGGGGUAUAGGAUGUGCCGAGGCUGGACACCCUGGUGUUUACACCGAUGUGACACAAUUUGUACCUUGGAUCAAGCAUUAUGUAUACCCUGAAUUAUAAUUAUUCGAAGAAAAUAAAAAAAACUGUAUUUAGCUGUUUUUUAAUAACAA